AUCAAAUCAAACAAAAACAGAAACAACCAACCAAGCAAGACUCAGUCUAUUCUUCAAGAGGUCGAUAAAGUUAAGGAUGUCAUGCACAACAACAUUGGUCUGAUGCUCGACAACCACGACAAGGCCACCAACCUCCAAGAUAAGACUGCUUCGAUGAACAACAAUGCCAAGAUGUUCAAGAAGCAGACCUCUACAAUCAGAAGACAGAUGUGGUGCAGAAAUAUGAAGCUUCAAAUCAUUAUCAUUCUAGUCGUUCUUUUGGUACUUGCAGUUAUCUUGAUCCCAAUCAUUUUGAAGUUCACAUAA